AAAUCAUCCCAUAUGUCAAGACAGACGGGAGAUUACAUUCUAAUAGAUGUUCUCCCUUGCUACGCGACCACUAUUGCGAUUGUCUCCCUUGUUACACGAUCUACUUCCUUGUUAGGUGUAUAGCCUUAAGGACUAUAAUCAUCACGGAGAGUGAGUAGAACAUGGACAUGGGUGAGAGCGAUCGAUUGAAAACUCGGUUUUCAGAUACCCAUCGUGAAAUAACUGAAACAAAAGAGACGUGUGAAUGUAUAUUGAGACGUCUACAUGAACUUCUGGAAAGGCCACACAUAUGUUCUUGCACAGAUGAUCUAUUUCAGACGAAAGAAGAAAUUAGCCGCCUUCAGAUAAAAGUCCAAUGCCUGGAGGACACGCACACGGAGAAUGAACGGCGGUGCUCAGAGCUGCAAACGCAAGUAUCAGAACUAAACAGUAGUUUGACAUUAUUACAGAGAGAAUUGACAUGUUUAAAAUGUCCUGACGAUUCAGUGGCGAACACUAAAAAUGUGCCUGUUUUGGAUGGUAAGAACAAAGUUGCUGCUGGUAAUUCAGCUCAUUCUAAAGAUCCCACUAAAGAUGACACUGAAGAUGACACUCAACAAGUCCUUGGGAAUGAAAGUAAGACUAAACAAGGAAUCGAUCAACGCCAAAGAGAAAUACCUCAUGACAUCCAAAAUAAAGACGACAACGCGCUUGAAAAGAAACCUGCUAAGGUGGUAACUAAAAUCAACGCAUUUGCAACUGCAGGAAACAAAGCUGAUCAGACGUCAAGAAAGAAAGGAUCCAGCGAGUCUUGUAAAACUGAAGUGGAAGUUGUUCGUCAAAGAUACCAGGGUCACAAGACGAUGGCUAUGAUGGAAUGGCAUCUCCUCAUGCGCAAAGAAAUGGGAGAAGGUCACGAUUCUGGAAUUAAAGAUCUCGGAGGCGUCCAUAAUAUCAUUUUGGUAGAUAUCUCUGAGAGUAUGGAAGGAGCAUGGCCGGAAGUGACCGCAUUCUUCAACGACUAUAUUUCCGGUUUAGAGUUUUUUGCAACUCAAGGGAUUGAUGAAGAACACGUUGCUUUAGUUACGUUUGGACAUGAAACCAAAGUUCAACAACGGUUAACGAACAAAUACAGAAGUUUGAAAACGGCGUUCAGCCAACUAAAGGUAGGCGGACCAUCACCACUCACGGCAGGGAUAUUGAUGACGUUUGCAGCGGCUGGGUCGUCUGAACACCAAAUCUGUGUUAUGAACGGCAUCGUAGUACCGUCAAGGGUGAUUCUAAUCACGGAUGGUGAGCCAACUGACACAUCUCUCUACAUGGGACCCGAUGAAGCUACUCCCUCUCAAUUAGAUGAGACCAGAAGUCAAGUGAUAAGUGAAAUGGAACAGGCAAGGAAGUUCAGCUUAGAUGUUUUCUUUGUUCCAGUUGGGAGGGCUAAUCGUGAGUUCAUAAACCUGAUGGCAGCAGUUGUCAAUGGGAAGGUAAUUUCACACCAGGAUGGCAAUCAGAUGUCAAGGAGGACCUUCUUGACGUUUCAGUGUGGUCGUCUUGGCGGCCUCAUUUCAUCUUCAGUGUCUUUGUCAGAAAGAGACAAGAGUGACAUAAAGGAAAUAAAAGAGAAAGCCUUCGAGAAAUUAGUGAGAAACCCAAGUGACGACGAUGAUUCCUACAAGGAGAAGUCGGACUGUGAUUUGCCCGUUCAGGGGUCAAGAGUAAGACGAGGCCCAGAAUGGCGUUACGAUGACGACCAGGACAAAGGGUUGGCUGGGACGAUCGUUGGACAUUGCGAUGAUGGACGACGCGUGUGGGUGGACUGGGACACACCAGGAUCCUUCCUGUUCCACUACCGCUACGGGCAAGGCGGGGCUUAUGACGUCAUCUUGGUGGACGAAAAGCGGCGUCUUGGUGUCGGUGAAAUUAUGGCCGUAGGCUGCCAAGUCAAACCAGGCCCGGGAUGGAAGAGUUCAAACACAGAUAUUGGCCUACAAUGUAUCGGUGUUGUAUUACGUAUUCACAUGGCUGGUGCGGUCCCAAAGGCGCUGGUACGUUGGGAGAACGGUGCAAGGGGGGAGUACUCGUACAUGACAGAAAGCCAUUCGUUACCGGAAAUUCAACUCGUAUCUGAUGACACAGCGACAAGCACACGCCAGGAUUUAAAGCCUGUAGUUAAACGAACUAGAAACAAAAACAAAUUUUAGUAGCACUCCUGCGUCAAAGAAGUAGAAGCACUCCUGCGUCAAAGAAGAGGUAGCUCCUCUGCUUGGUCUCCUGCGACAAAGAAUCAUUAUCACUCCUGCAUCAAAGAACAUGUAGCUCUUCGGCUAGUUCGCCUACGACAAAGAAUCAUGAUCACUCCUGCUUCAAAGACGAAGUAGCUCCUCUGCUAGGUCUCCUGCGACAAAGAAUCAUUAUCACUCUUGCGUCAAAGAACAGGUAGCUCUUCGGCUAGUUCGCCUACGACAAAGAAUCAUGAUCACUCCUGCGUCAAAGAAGAAGUAGCUCCUCUGCUAGGUCUCCUGCGACAAAGAAUCAUUAUCACUCCUGCGUCAAAGAACAGGUAGCUCUUCGGCUAGUUCGCAUGCGACAAAGAAUCAUUAUCACUCCUGCGUCAAAGAACAUGUAGCUCUUCGGCUAGUUCGCCUACGACAAAGAACAUGUAGCUCUUCUGCUAGUUCGCAUGCGACAAAGAAUCAUUAUCACUCCUGCGUCAAAGAACAAGUAGCUCUUCUGCUAGUUCGCCUACGACAAAGAACAUGUAGCUCUUCUGCUAGUUCGCAUGCGACAAAGAAUCAUUAUCACUCCUGCGUCAAAGAACAUGUAGCUCUUCGGCUAGUUUGCAUGCGACAAAGAAUCAUUAUCACUCCUGCGUCAAAGAACAUGUAGCUCUUCGGCUAGUUCGCCUACGACAAAGAACAUGUAGCUCUUCUGCUAGUUCGCAUGCGACAAAGAAUCAUUGUUACUCCUGUGUCAAAGAACAAGUAGCUCUUCUGCUAGUUCGCCUACGACAAAGAACAUGUAGCUCUUCUGCUAGUUCGCAUGCGACAAAGAAUCAUUAUCACUCCUGCGUCAAAGAACAUGUAGCUCUUCUGCUAGUUUGCAUGCGACAAAGAAUCAUUAUCACUCCUGCGUCAAAGAGCAUGUAGCUCUUCUGCUAGUUCUCCUUCGUCAACUUUGCUAGCUCUUGUGCGUCAAAGAAUUAGAAGCAGUCCUGCGUCAAAGAAUAUGUAGCUCUUCAGCGUCAAUGAAUUAGUUGCAACUUUGCGUCUUACUACUUACAGUGUCGGGGCUAAAUUUGGUACGGUAUCCAAAUGUUGAAACACGUCUCAGUACGAUACAGGGUUUGAAGUUUUCAUUUUAUGUUUGGAUUUAUACUUUGUGCUUUAAUUUGUAUUACCAAAAGGACAUUGUUGUCUCUCUUAUGUUGUUUAAUGAUAUUGAUAACACAUUUCAAUUACAUAUAAUGGUAUGAUAAUUUAGGAUGUUUGGAUGUUUGACUACGUCUUGAAUUGUCAAGAAACGUAUUCACAUUUUUGUUGAGUUUUGUAAGAAGUAAAUUGACAGUAUUUUGUAAAUAUGCCACAAAUGUAUUUUGUGUGUGAUAUUUUACUUUGAUGCCAAAAAUAACGAAACAAGAAACAGUC